AUGCCGCCAUCAGAGAUACACGGGACCGCUCAUCACGCGGAGCCCCUGUCGGGCUGCCCCAACGCCUCGCUGAUGGGACCUAGCGAGUUCUGCGGCGAUGUUUGCGCCGACACCGCCUCUGCUGGCCUCGCGGGUCCAGGGCUGCUGAGUGUCCAGGCUGCCCUGCAGGCUGCUGCGGGCUCCAGCAACGAAACUGCUGUGCUGCAUGGCGUCCUCCGCCAGCUCGUCCAUGCCGUGAGGCCCGACGAUGCCGGGACAAUCUCGAUGGCGCGAGCCCUGCGGAUUGCUCGGGACGACCCCAAGCGCGGCACGGCCCUUGCGAUAGAGGUCAUCAGCCUCAUGCGUAUGGCGGAGCAGCUGCGGGCGCGUCUGGCGCCGGAAG